AAACCGUCAAAUUUUGCACAAAACUUUGCAAUACCGUUAGUAUUCUCUAGUCCCUAAAACCGUAAGCAUCGAAAGUAAAGGCGCGCACCAUGAGACUGCCAUAUCAACUCGGAUUUCUUUUGCUGAUCCACUACCUCUUUGGCACUACGGACGCACAGCUUCGCAUUGUCGGCGGCGUGCAAACCACAAUCUCACAACGACCUCCUACGUUGGCGCUGAUGCAGUCCGGAAAAUAUUACUGCGCUGCUUCGCUGAUAACCACACAACAUGCGCUCACGGCAGCGCAUUGCCUAUACGACACUCCACGCGAGGUAAUCAUUGUCAUCGGAGGCGUUACGGAUUUACGAUAUCGUAGUAGUGGACAGCGUCGACGUGUAGAGCGUAUGUGGAUACCACGAGCUUUCAAUCCCACAACCAAAACUAGGGACGUUGGUGUGAUCAAGAUGGUCCGACCCAUGGUACUCGGUCCUAAUGUGGCAAUUAUGCCGCUUGCCACUACCAGAGCUCGAGGAGGCGCACGCAUAAAUGUCAGUGGUUGGGGAACAACAAACGAACGCCAAAAGACUGGUGUAGAUAUUUUGCGAACCGUAACUGUAUCGGUGGUGCCGCUACGCACUUGUGCUCAAAUGUAUGGAAAUUCUGCACGGUUAACAAACACAAUGAUGUGUGCCGCAAGUCGCGGCAGAGAUGCGUGCGCUGGUGACUCUGGCGGACCGGCUAUUAAUUCAAAUGGUGAACAAGUUGGAAUAGUGUCAUUUGGCAGAGGUUGUGCGCAGCCCGAAUUUCCUGGUGUCUAUACAGAUAUUCGUUCAGUUCUACCGUUCAUUAGGCGUUGUAUGGCACGUUAAGGGCGCAAAUGAAAUUUAUAAUUGCAAUAAAAUUAAGAAUAAAAUGCUAUUGAAAUGC